AUGUCCACCUCCAUUGCAUUUAGCGAGUCGCAGACUCAUAUCGCCCUGGCAGAUGCCUGCAAGCUAGCCUGGCACACUUUCUCUGGCAUGCAGAAGGCCUCGGAAGAUUUUGAGAACCUGCGAUUCGAGGUCUGGACAGUAGCCAUCAGCCUCGAUUCCCUACACAGCGUCGGGAGCACGUCGCUACUCAUCGAUCGACAACCCGACCACAAGCGUUGGGCGUUGACAUUCUCGAAGAUCCUAAACUCAUUGAAUGCUGCUCUUCGACCAUUAUACAACCUCGUGAAACUCUAUCUUUCGACACCAGCUCGGGACCGCGCAGUGGUGAAGCGGUGGCUUACGAACCAAGAUGUAAACUGCGACGGCGUCACGGUCCAAGACUUUCGGCGGAAGUUGUCAAUGCUUGUGGAAAGUCUCAACGUCUUCCUCUCAUCCCUGACGCACGCCGAGCUCGCUCGAGCGCGAGUUUCUACAGAGACUGAAGAAUACCGGGUCCUCCAAGAAGUCACAAGAACUGUUCUCCAGAAAUGGGAUCAGGGAAGGACGGCUAGCACGGCGCAAGGUCCUGUGGGAGCGACCAGGUCACUCAAUCAAGUCAGCGUUGUCAACGAUAGUCUCAGAGGAAACGUGGUAUCCUCCCUUUGCCCAAGCCUCUCAAACACCAGCUCAGAAGGUCCCAGGGCGCCGUCGUGGGCCAGUCAUCAGACCUCGCCUCAUCAUACAGACCUUCAUCGUCCCGCGGAGAUGUUGAACCUGGACGGCAUCGAGACAGGCUUCCGUAGGCAUAUGCAUGCCAUGCGGCGCAUUCGAGAACAGCUCUGGCACCAAAACGAGAGCAAAGACCACUUGUCGACGCAACAAUCAAACCACUUCCCCGAACCACUACAUUCAUCUGAUGCGAAAGCCGAACAGACCGUCAUGUUGGUGCCGAACCAGCCGCUACAGGUGCCUCUCACACAAACAGAUGGCUCGAGCCCCGGUGUCGGCUCAGUCCAAAGCUCUGACUCGAGCGGCGUCGUGUCGGGAUUCAAGGACGAGGUCUCCAGAAGUCCCUCCACGCCGGCCAAGGUCAACCACACCAGGACAUCGUCUAAAGAGUCUGGACGCAAGAGAGUACGAAGCCACGACACCCUGCAGCCGGCGGCGGGCAACGAAACCAUGGCCGCCGUGUCGAAGGAUAGACGACCCGGCAAGACCGUGCUGGAGCAAAUGCUCAGCACGGCGAUCUUCUUUGAUUGCUGA